AUGAGAGAACGCAGCCAGCAGAGCCUCGGCGGACACGUCCUGUAUGUGGGGCUGCUCAGACAUCCAGGAAUGCUGCACCGGGCUAAGUACAGCCGGUUCAGGAAUGAUUCCAUAACAUCCCUAGACGAAGGUGCGCAAAAUACGCCUUUAAAUAUCAAAGGUUCUUCCUCCUCUUCUCAUUCUUCAACACCUAAUUUACUGACAGAAGAUGUCUCCUUGGGGCCGCAGGACACCUGCACCACCCUGUGCACGCUGAUCCCCCGGAUGGCGAACAUCAAACUGGCCAACCCGUCCAGCCUGCCGGGGCUGAAAAGCUUCUGCCUGGGGACGAAGGAGGUGCCGCGAAUUAAGCUCACCGAGUGUGUCACCAUCCCCAGCAGCCCAACCUCGCCCGAGAUCAGCUGCCUCUCGGCCUCCUACCCACAGCCCGACCUGGACAAGUUGCCCCUCACCCCCAGGCCGUCGGGACACGGCUCGGGGCAGGGGCAGGGGCAGGGGCAGGACCGGAGCGCCGCGCAGAGCGGGGACGGCGCGGGGGAGCCGGGCACGACCUACGGCCUGCGGUACAUGGGCUGUAUUGAAGUGCUGCAGUCAAUGAGGUCCCUGGACUUUGGCACACGAACACAAGUCACCAGGGAAGCAAUAAGCCGACUGUGUGAAGCCGUGUCAGGUACAAAUGGAGCUAUAAAAAAGAGGAAGCCUCCAGUGAAGUUUUUGUCUUCAGUGCUUGGCAAAAGUAACCUUCAGUUUUCUGGCAUGAAUAUAAAGCUGACCAUUUCAACAAGCAGCCUCACUCUGGUUAAUGUUGACACGCAGCAGAUUAUUGCCAACCAUCACAUGCAGUCCAUCUCAUUUGCUUCGGGAGGUGACCCAGAUACAACAGACUAUGUUGCAUAUGUGGCAAAAGACCCUGUUAAUCAGAGAGCUUGCCACAUACUGGAAUGUCCCAAUGGGAUGGCACAGGAGGUGAUCAACACCAUAGGCCAAGCUUUUGAGCUCCGGUUCAAACAGUACCUGAAGAACCCAUCUAGCCUGGUUACAUGUCAGCCUCCCACUGGUGGAGUGUUAGACAUGCGAAUGAAAGUGCAAACAGACCAAAGGGCUAACUGUCUAACACAGUGCAAAAAGCAGCAGUGCUUGGCAAGCAGCCCGACAUUCAUCAAUAUAUAUGAAAAUUGCCCAGAUGAAAACAGAACUGUGGGUAAUUGUGGUGAAAGAUCACGGAAGACAAAAAAAGAGGCACCAUUAUUGAAGCCUGCCUACAAAACAGAUCUUUUUGAUGACCCUUGUUACAUCAACACACAAACCUUGCAGUCUGCAGUCUGUACAGCCCGUGGUACAGCAACAACACAGACCCAUGGGAGCCCCCUGCGUCAGGACAAGUUACUGGAAGCUGUUCAGCAGAAUGCCACAAGCAACACAGCUGGUCUCUGUGUUCUGCCACAAAUAAAGCAACAGCUAAAGAAUGAAGAUUGUUACCAUGGCAAAUUAAACAGGAAAGCAGCAGAGAGCCUCUUAGUCAACGAUGGGGAUUUUCUGGUGCGAGAGAGCACAUCGUCACCUGGUCAGUAUGUCCUCAGUGGACUUCAGGGAGGGCAAGCAAAGCAUCUGCUCUUGGUGGAUCCUGAGGGCAAGGUGAGAACCAAAGACCAUAUAUUUGACAGUGUGGGUCAUCUUAUUCAGUAUCACAUGGAAAAUAAUUUGCCAAUCAUCUCUUCUGGAAGUGAAGUGAGCUUGAAGCAACCUGUAAGGAAGGAGAGUAAUGUGGGACACAUGCAGUGUCACAAAUAACCCCUUGGAUCUCACAAAUCCCAAGACAAUUCGUAUCUGAAAACUGUACUGAGAACUUUUUAUUAUGAAGACAAUUCAAAAAAGCAUAGACUGCACUUUCUGCUGCUGUUUCAGAAGAUACCCUUUUGUGUGUGUAUGUAUGAAUAUAUGUAUAUGAGUAUAUCUAUGUAGAUCCAGAGAGAUCAACAAGCAUAGUUAUAUAGAUACAUAUAAUCUUAAUGAAAUUACACCUUCAGAGUGUGAGAUUCAUUUGUGAGAAGGUAUUUUAGACAUGCACAAAUGUCACUUUUUUAAGGUCGUACUGAAUCAGUAACUAUUUAAAAGCACAAUUUAACCUCUACAUGCAAAAGCUCACUUGAACAAACUGCUGGAACAUUAGUAUGUGCCUUUUAGGAUAGAAUUAUUUGAAACCAAUAUUAUUUAUACUGAAUUAGUUUUGGGCAGUUAAACAAAUGUGUCUAAGCUUUUAACUAUUUGCCAAAACGAAUACACUUUGAAUAUUACUGAAAUGUCAUCUGCUUUUGAUAGACACUAACUGUUUCAUUUUGCU